CACAGCCAUAUAUAUUGAUCAACAGGCAAGGAAAGAUAGCAAGUUGGCCAUUGAAUUGCACAUAUUCAAUACCGGCUCCCUCCUCUUGUCUAGUUGAAGAAAAAUGGCAGCAUCUUCAUUGAUCCACAAAUUCCAUAACCAUGCUCGUUCUAAUAGUUUACCCUCUAAACCACACCCUCUCAUCCUUCAGUGCAAUGAACACUUAGCAAGGUUAGGUGCCUAUGAAACCAUCUCUUCUUCAUUGCUGGGGCAAAAUCUAACUAGCCUUCUAGAUUUGCAUGAGUGCAUUGAAAAGUUAGUUCAGUUGCCCCUAACUCAAGAAGCACUUGUCCAGGAACGGCAAGAGAAAUGGGUGGAUGAUCUCUUGGAUGGAUCUCUAAGGCUCCUUGAUGCAUGUACAGAAACCAAAGAUGCCCUUCUGCACACCAAGGAGUGCACCCGUGAGCUGCAGUCAACUAUAAGAAGAAGAAGAGGAGGUGAAGUUGAACUCACAGUGGAGGUUAAGAAAUUCUUGACCUCAAGGAAGGUGGUGCGAAAGGCCAUAUUCAAAGCCUUGGAGAAUUUGAAGGGUAAUGCAAAUAAAAGCAACCUUACCCUCACUAACAAAGAUUACCAAACCAUGGCGUUGGUAACUCUGUUAAAGGACGCUGAAGUGAUCACUUUUUCCAUAUUUGAGUCAUUGCUGAAUUUCUUUUCUGGAUCAGCACAAGCAAAACGAAGCAGCUGGGCUUUAGUUUCAAAGCUAAUGCAAAGCAAAAGGGUAGGAUAUGCACAAGUAGCAGAUGAUAAUGAGUUUGCAAAAGUGGAUGCUGCAUUGCAGUUAUUUGCAUUGCACAUGUCAACCAAGUCCAACGAUAUAAUUGAUCUGCAGAAGAAGCUUGAGACCUUGGGAACCUGUAUACAGGAUCUUGAAGAAGGACUUGAAUCUCUGUUUAGGCGUUUGAUUAAAAUCAGAGUUGCCCUUCUCAACAUUCUUAAUCACUAGUUUAGGUAUCUGAAGGCAUCAAAUUUUUGUAAUGGUGUUCUGGGGACAAUUGUAGAUAUUGCUAUGUUGAUGGUAUGCUAAAUAUAUCACUGAAUAUAUUGUUUAUAUAUCACACAUAUGCUUUCUUUUAGCAUUCGUGACAUAUUUCCA